AUGGCCAGACCAUCCAACAUACCCUCAGGCAUACCCGUGCGCCCAAGUGUGGCCGCUUCCAGCAGCGCCUCCGUCGCUCGACAACGGACCGUUGAGGUCAUAGCUGGAAUUCCUCCCAGGAAAACCGCGUCCAGGCCAGGAGAUCCCAUUCCACCAGCAAAACCACGUCGCUACAAACCAGGAGCAAAUGCACUUCGGGAGAUUCGGCAGUAUCAGAAGAGCACAGAGUUGCUGAUCCGGAAGCUACCAUUUGCGCGCCUCGUACGGGAGAUUGCCGAUGAAUACGCAUCAUCCUUGACAUACAUUGCUGGGGAUGUGCAUUUGCGGUGGCAGGGAUCCGCGAUUUUAGCAUUACAGGAAGCAGCGGAGGCAUACAUGGUGCACCUCUUUGAAGAUGCAAAUCUAUGCGCUAUCCACGCCAAGCGAGUUACGCUCAUGCAACGCGACAUUCAGCUGGCUAGGAGAAUCAGAGGCAUCCAUGGAGGUCUUGGUUAG